UUUAUCCUACUGUGGCGGUGCUAUGUAUCGUCGAGGAGCUGUUGGGCUUAGCAUCGCAUGUCACCGGUCGAGCCGCGUACUCAAGCCAACUUUAGAGAUGGAAAGUCCCCGGUGAAGAAUACAAGCACAACAGCGACUACAUACCGAAAAGCGCAAGGGGGCGAUAGCUUUGUACUCAUUCUUCCAGUCACCGGGAAACAGUAUUAAAAGCAACACAUCUGCACAGUUCUUCCUCUCAUCAUCGUCGCAAGCCCGUCCCAGGCUGCGACAUUGCGCCAGUCUCCCAGCCCGGCCCAGUCUAGUCUAGUCCAGUUCAGUCUUGAUCACUCCUCACUUACCUAUCAUCAACGUUGCACGAUGUCUGAUCCAAGCUUGGACCGACUCGAGUCCGCCAUCAGCGCAGUUCCGUUACCAACGUUGCCCGAAUGGAGGAUUCAGCCGCUUAUUUACGGUCGCCCCAGCCCCAGCACCACGGCUCCGAAACCCUCACUUGGGCCCCCGCUCACGACCCUUCCGGUAGAGCUCAUGUGGAAAAUUGCCGGCUACCUGUCCCCCUUUGAUAUGUACCGUCUACACGCAACAUCUUUCGUGUUGCAUCGCAAUCUGGAGCGUGAACUGUUCACCCGGGUCUACAACUCAAAGUUCACCGUACGCCACGAGAUUCCCGAACUCGACCAAUACCGGGUGAAGUACCGUUGGGAGGACUUUGAUCUGCCCCUUCCUCCUGUCUGGUCAGACAUCACACCCUUUCAUCUGGCUGCGGCCACCGGCAGCACCGGCGCAGUGCGGAAAUAUCUCGACAUGUGUGGCAUCCCCAUCGACUCACGCUGUCCUGGACGUCGAAGCACAGCACUUUUGUAUGCUACCAUUGGCGGCCACACCGCUACAAUGAAAUUUCUCCUGGGCCGCGGAGCCAAUAUCAACAAAGGAAUGCUUCGCGGAAAUCCCAUUAAAGAAGGAGAUAUAAGCGGCCCUUAUCCGGAAUGGUGCGACGUUGACACCCCAGGCGGUUGUUUAACACCGCUACGCUUUGCCAUUGAGUACGCCAACCUGGCUUCACUCAAAGUUCUACUGGACCACGGAGCCACAUUGUUGGAUGAUAUGGACUUACCCAAAGACUGUGCCGAGUGGGAGGGUCGGGAGGACGAGGGUGGCGUCCUGAGACCCGAGUCAUGUCCGAUCCACGUGGCGGUUACCCAUAGCGGCCACGACUACCCCAAGGACAACUUGACAGAGAAGCGAAAGGGGAUCGUGAGAGAGCUACUCGCAUGCGGGGCCCCGGUGGAUUAUCGCGAUCUAUAUGGCUGGACAGCCCUACACCACCUCUGCGCCGAUGACGGGCCCUGGAAAAACCAUCCCCUCUGGCCCGGGCCCCGCUAUUACGAUACCCCGGGAAUGGUGUGGUUCCUAAUCAAGAACGGCGCCAACAUAAACGCGCGCUCGUCAUCAGACAGCACCCCGCUACACUAUGCUUUUCAUGCACACAAUUUGGUACUCGUGAAGGUCCUGAUCGAGGCCGGCGCUGAUAUCAAUGCGGCGAUGGAAGGGGGUGAGACCCCACUACAUUAUGCUUCCAAGGCAGACACACACUAUGCUUCCGAGGCGGACAACCUGGCAAUUACAAAGCUCUUGAUCAAAGCCGGCGCUGAUGUCAACGCGCGGAAUGCAGAGGGUGAGACACCGCUACACCGCACCUCUCACGCACACAAUCUGGAAAUGACUAAGGCUCUGAUUGAAGCCGGUGCCGAUGUCAAUGCGGCAGAUGAGCUGGGAGUCACGCCGCUGCUCAUGAUAUGGUCUUCUCACGCAAACCACGUUGAAAUCGCAUCGAUGUUACUCGAAGCCGGGGCCGAUCCAAGCGCACGAAGGAAGCUGUGGCGUUCGGGAGACCCUAUGUGGGAUGGGGAUUCGCCAGUUCUGACUCUCCUCGACCAGAUCUCCAUAGAGAUUUACGAAUACAGCCAUACGGAGAAUAUUCACCAACAGUACAAACGCCGCGGGGGGUCAGAGACAACAAGCUUGUGCUACUAUCGGUACGACCAUCAACCGAAAGAAUGCAACCAGCCCAAUUGGGUGCGCGAUCUCGGUCCCAUAUUCUCACUCCUAAAGGUCCUGCUGAAAUACGGGGCGAAGACGUCGUGGCGCCAUGAGAAGAGUAUAAAGGACUUCCGGAUCCUCCUGAGUCUGUGGGGGAAAAAUGGUGUCGAUUGUGGUGCGCACCUGUCAGGGGAAGAUGUGGCGUUUUCGGGACCGUGUGACUGUAACCAACAAUUUCCUCCAAUACCAUAGCUCAUGUACAAAAUGUGGGACAAAGAGAAGCCCGGGUGGUUUGGCGGUGACGAAGUGCGGCGGCGGGUGAUAGCGGAAAGCCUCUUGU